GUUGCACCUUUUUCAAUAGCUGCGGUACUUUGUCGGCUAGGUCACGUAACCUCUUCAUAAUUGCGAUGUCGACGUUACAUGAUUUUGUUCGGAACUUCAAAAAAGUUCCGCAAACAAUGAGAGAAAUGUUUGCUGCGAAUCCUAAAAGAUUUUCAGAAUUCAGUCAGGUUUUGAGUCUUCCUGGCGGUACUAUUCUCUUGGACUACUCAAAAAACCUAAUUGACACUCAGAGUUUUGACCAGCUUAUCAAAUUGGUUUAUCCAUAUAUUUUUCUUAAUACCAUUUUAGGCUAGAGAUAGUAAUGUUGAAAAAAUGCGUGAUGACAUGAUGGAAGGAAGAAAAAUUAAUUUCACGGAAGAUAGAGCCGUCCUGCAUAUAGCUCUGCGAAACCGAUCAAAUGUCCCGAUUAUGGUCGAUGGGAAAAAUGUUAUGUCGGGAGUUAACGCAGUUCUUGAACACAUGUCUAAGUUUUGCGAUUCUGUUAGAUCUGGUGAAUGGAAAGGCUACACAGGGAAGCAAAUAACAGAUGUUGUUAAUAUUGGCAUUGGUGGUUCAGACCUUGGUCCAGUCAUGGUUACAGAAUGCUUGAAACCUUAUGCAUCACAUAUUCGGGUACAUUUUGUUUCAAAUAUAGAUGGAACACACAUUGCGGAAACAUUAAAGAAAGUAAAUUCAGAGACAGUUCUAUUUAUCAUCGCCUCCAAGACCUUCACUACCAUUGAAACGAUGACCAAUGCUAACUCUGCCAAAGAAUGGUUCUUAGAACAUGCGAAAAAUGUUUCUCACGUGGCCAAGCACUUUGUCGCCUUAUCAACUAAUGCAACAGAAGUCUGCAAAUUUGGCAUAGCACCGGAAAACAUGUUUGAGUUUUGGGAUUGGGUUGGAGGUCGUUACUCAUUAUGGUCUGCCAUAGGUUUAUCUAUAGCUCUUUACGUAGGUAUGGAGAAUUUCAUUAAAUUGUUGGAAGGAGCUCAUGAAAUGGAUAAACAUUUCAAAGAAACGCCAUUACAUAAAAACCUUCCUGUCAUCCUAGCUGUGUUAGGUGUAAUGUAUAUCAAUAUUUAUGGGGCAGAAACUCAAGCAAUUCUACCAUAUGAUCAAUAUAUGUCACGCUUUGCUGCAUAUUUCCAACAAGGUGAUAUGGAAUCGAAUGGAAAGUUUGUUAGACGUGAUGGCAAAGAAGUUGAUUAUUCCACUGGUCCCAUAGUUUGGGGUGAACCAGGAACAAAUGGUCAACAUGCAUUUUAUCAACUUAUUCAUCAAGGCACACGGUUAAUCCCAUGUGAUUUCUUGAUACCAGUACAUACACACAAUCCAGUUCAAGGUGGCUUACAUCAUGAGAUUCUCCUAUCUAAUUUUUUGGCUCAAACUGAAGCUUUAAUGACUGGUAAAACAAAAGAAGAAGUUCAUAAGGAAUUGUUUGCUGCUGGAGUUACUGGAGACUUAUUAAAUUCACUUGCAUUGCAUAAAAGUUUCAAGGGUAAUCGUCCAUCUAAUUCCAUUGUGUUCACCAAAUUGACACCAUAUAUUUUGGGCGCUUUGAUUGCUAUGUAUGAACAUAAGAUAUUUGUUCAAGGAAUUAUAUGGAAUAUUAAUUCUUUUGAUCAAUGGGGUGUGGAGCUGGGAAAAGUGUUAGCCAAGAAAAUUCAACCAGAAUUAACUACCAAUGAGCUGGUUACUAGUCAUGACUCUUCAACAAAUGGAUUAAUUGCAUUUAUUAAAAAUCAUCGAAAGUAAAAUCAUGGUUGCCACACGGAAAAAAUAAUGAAAACAACCGGAAAAUCUUAAUGAAUUCAAUCGUAAUUAUAAUGACAAUUUUAAUGAAUAAAUUUAAUAUUUAUAUUUGAUUUAAUCAAUUUCUUGAUAGUUAGUAGUAAGACAAUAUUAAAGUAGAAAAUUUUGAUACUAUCAAUAACAAUUACCGUUAUUACUAUUAUUACUGAACUAUUGUUUAAACUGUCGGCCAAUAACCUUCAUCGGCUCUGUGUAGUUUUCUUUUUUUCAUUAGUUAAUAGUUAUAUAUUUGUGAUAUAAAAUGAUCGCAUGAUUACUGAAAUAUUGAUACUACUAUUCUGAUCUGAAUAAUUUUUAAUUUCUAGUUACUUUGUCUUAUCUGUCACCUUAGUGAGUAGUAUGGUCUCCUGUACUGCUCUUUUUGGGUUUUGUUUACUAGUUAUACUAUAUACGUUUGAUUGAUUACAUGAGAGUGCAUGAAUAAAUUUUACUCUCAUUUAAUUUGUAUACCUCUCCCUUACUUGAUAUCAAUUUUGGUGAUGAAAUAUAAAAACUUUUAUGAACUA